CCGGCGCGCCGCUGAAUGAAGUGUUGGGGCGUCGGGAGCAGGCGAGGGGAGCGCAGCCCGCCAGGGGACACAUCCGGCCAGCCGCGCCCGCUGGGGAAGGGGGAGCCAUAGGAAGGCGGCGAGCAGACGCUGGACAGCUGCUGCCAGUGUCUUCUUCCAGCGCCUCUCCCAGGGACAGCCGCCGCCGCAGCCUCCAUCGCUGCCUCCUCCUCGGGCUAACCGCUGCCUGCGCUCCGCCAGCGCCAGCCGCCUCGGUGCUUGCAUCGCGCCCGGGGCACCGACCAGGGCAGCCGCCUCGGUGCUUGCAUCGCGCCCGGGGGCACCGACCAGGGCAGCCGCCUCGGUGAUUGCAUCGCGCCCGGGGGCACCGACCAGGGCAGCCGCCUCGGUGCCUGCAUCGCGCCCAGGGGCCCCGCGGCAGGUGCCUGCCCAUUGCUCUCCGCCCGUCCCCGGAGCAGCGAGCAGCGCCCUCCUCCCAGCUCCCGCGGGGAGUCCAGCAGCCUCCCGCGGGCGGGGCUGAGCCCCUCCGCCUCCCACCUGCCCGCCGCCGCCGCAGCCCCAGUCUCGCCUCCCCGAGGCUCCCGCAGUAGCCAAGACGCCGCGGGCCGUGCUCCGAGUGAAGAAUGGGGCGUCGAAGCUGCCCAAGCCGCAGGCGGCGGCCGAGGCCCCCGGCAGCGCCCCCGGCCCCGGACUCUUCAUGGAGCGCUCGCAGAGCCGCCUCAGCCUGUCCGCCUCCUUCGAGGCCCUGGCCAUCUACUUCCCCUGCAUGAACAGCUUUGACGAGGAGGACGCGGACGGGGAUGGGCGGAGACUCAAAGGUGCUAUCCAGCGGAGCACAGAAACUGGUCUGGCUGUCGAAAUGCCAAGCCGGACGGUUCGUCAAGCCAGCCAUGAAUCCAUUGAAGACAGUAUGAACAGCUAUGGAUCUGAAGGAAACUUGAAUUUCAGUGGAGUCCAUCUGGCAUCUGCUGGGCAGUUUAGUGACUUCCUGGGGAGCAUGGGUCCUGCACAAUUUGUUGGUCGUCAGACCUUGGCCACCACCUCCAUGGGAGACGUGGAAAUUGGCUUACAGGAGCGGAAUGGACAGCUAGAAGUGGAUAUCAUUCAGGCACGAGGACUGACCCCCAAACCCGGCUCCAAAACCCUUCCAGCGGCUUACAUCAAGGCAUAUCUACUAGAAAAUGGAGUGUGCAUUGCAAAAAAGAAGACAAAAGUGGCUCGAAAAUCAUUAGACCCCCUGUACAACCAGGUGUUACUGUUUGCAGAGAGCCCACAAGGCAAAGUAUUACAGGUGAUAGUCUGGGGGAUCUAUGGACGCAUGGAGCGCAAACACUUCAUGGGAGUUGCCAGGGUUCUCUUGGAAGAACUGGAUUUGUCAACUUUAGCAAUUGGCUGGUACAAGCUUUUCCCUACCUCCUCGAUGGUAGAUCCCACUACAGGUCCGCUUCUGCGCCAGUCUUCGCAGCUUUCCUUGGAGAGCACAGUGGGACCCUGCUGUGACAGGUCUUAAUGAGCCAGGAAGGGGGCAACUGCUUCUGUUUUUUAAAUAUGCUGUCAAGGUUUUGUUUGCUGGAACUCUGACCUCAAGUGCAUUGCAUGUUCAAUCAGUUCUUGAGGAGCUGGAAGAGUGACCUUAGACAGAAGACAAGGGGGAGGGCCGUAUGCCCUCUCCAUCCAAGUAGCAGGUGCCAUGGGGCAUGAGUCCUAGUUGUGAAAUUAUACAUACACCUCUUGUUUCACUUCUCUGGCUGUCAUUCAUGCACCCUUGUUUCAGAUCAGUAUUAACCCUAAAAAAUUGCAGCAUUUUUUUUUUUUGAGCAGGGAAGAUAUUUUUCUUAACUUUGUUUUAGAAAUUCAUAAAAUACAGAAUUUUUUUUUGACAAUGCCUGAAAGUUUGGAAAGCAAACAUCUGAUCUGAAAAGAGCAGGAAUGGACCAUUUCACGGGAUUUUUGUUUUUUAUAAGAUCUAUCUCCUUACAAAUUAUAAAAAAAAGGAACUACAACUGUGUCUUUAGAAAAAAUUCCACAUCAAAGAAUCGUGUUAGCUAUAAAACGAUUGUUGCCAUGGUUUUAAACUGUGCCAAAUUACCAGCAAGUGUCUUUAAUACAGUACUGGCUAACACUGCUGCUGAAGCAUGUUCGAUGGGAAUACAAGUGGAGUACGCUUUGGUUAGACCGGACAGUUCUAAUGGAGGAGGCGAGCUAACUAAUUAGCUACAAUUCUGGUCACUGGAAAUGUGAGUCAAACAUCAGACUUGCAGUUUGAGAUGUGAUUUACUAGCACAUUGUCAGAUACGAUGUUUCACGAUUUACAAACUCCCUUAGUUUUUGCUGCUCAUUCCUCCAUCAUGGUGGUUUCUAGCUUCUGCAUUCUGUUCCUUCUUUCUGGGUACAUAUCUUGUGAAGUGCCACCUUCCUCUGCUAACACGCCAUGCUGUGAACUGACCUGAAAUAAUACCAUUUUAUUCUACUACAGGGAAGGAGGGUGUAGCAAAGAGAAACCUCAGUUUGCCACCCAAGAAGGGGUGCUAAUGAGCACAUGCCUCUCCUCUCUUUUAAAAAAAAAAAAAAAAGUUGUGUUGCUUAAGACAAUCCCAUUAACACACAGGCAUUGUCAAGUGAACCACAAGAGAAGGAUGCCUUCCCCAAAGUACAGGCACAGGAGAACAGUUGGAGAAAUUUAACAGACAUAGUAGUCACAGCGUGUAUCUUUUGUUGCUUAAGAACAGCAAAAAGGUGCAUCAGAUGUUAAUUGUAGAGCAAAUCCUGUAGGUUAAUGCAGUAAAGAGAAGUACUGUACAUUCUAUCAGCUGCUAAGCAGAGAACAGCUUUCUCAAACAGUCACAUGUGCUCGAUUAGUGGAGUAUUUCUCUAGAUAUAUUAGAUCAUUCAGGUGAUUCAAAAUCUUAUGCUUGGAGACACCCAUUCCCCAAAACUGUGGAGCAUUUUUAGGAGUCUGGAGUAUCUCAAAGAGUUUAUGGCAGUUAAGCUUUUUCUACUAGGGGUUUUUCUCAUAAUUUUUAAUGACGACUUGACUGCUGUCUCAAAGUGGUUUGCUAUUUUAGGUGCAAGGGAGUAUUUUGUUCUGUGAUUUAAGAACCUGAGGUCCCCUGUAAUGUUUAGGAGCCAACGGAUUCCUGACCUGUCACUGCAACACACUGACAGUUUCUCCAUGCAGACCACAAAUAAGUAAGAUAAAGCAUGAAGUUGUAUAAGAUGGAGAAUGUAGCUGCUUAUGGUUAUAUCUUAUCUGAGGGAUUUAAAAUGAUUCUGAAAUAAUUAUAGAAUAGUAGCAAAAAUAAUGGACCCAACAAUAUGCUUUAUAAAAAUUGAUGUAAUGUUUGGGGGAGGGAGAGUACAUAAACUUGAGAAUUUUAAGAGUCUUAAAGUGACAAAAGCUCCAACAUUUCUUAAUUUCCUUUGACAAAUAUGUCUCUAGCCUCAGUCUAAUUAUUUUUUCUAACUGUAUUAGGCAAUUUCUAUAUAUUAGCUAAAGAAAGUUUGUUGCAUGCUUUUUUAAAAAAAAGCACAUUUACCGUAAUUCAAGUCAACACCUUUUCCUCUUGGUAUGUAGUACUUACUAGGCAAUAUUGUACAAUAUGUGUAUGAACUAGAUUAGAUUAGGUAGAUUUAGUGGUUUGUAGCACUGGAUCUUUUAAUAACUAUGUCUUUAAAAAGACUAUGGGAAAAUAUAAAUACAUUCCAAACCUGAUAACUGAAUGACAGGGGUUUUAUCUUCAGUUGCUUUGAAAAUUUUAUAUGGGUAUUUUGUUUGGAUACUAUCUACCUGUAUAACUAGUUAGUAACCUUUUACCUGUGUCCUGUAAGAGGCAUGCAACGUUUUCCCCAAAUUUUUUUAAUUGGGAGUGGGAGGAAUAAAUAUGCCAAAAAGCAUCUCAAGAAAUCUCCUUUUGGGACUGGCAGUUGGAAAGCUUCGUGAAUAGCAAAUUCCAGAUUUUGGGAUCCCACCUCCUCCAAAAACUCUGCAAGCUCAAAUGUGAUUAGUUUAGUUAAAUAUAGGACUAUUCAAAUCUAUAGACUGUCUUGUUUGUGUGUGUUUAACCACAUUAAAAGGUCACUGUCAGGUUAAAACCCCUAUUUUUAAAAAUAUAUAUUUUCUCUUCUGUGUUAUUUUAUUAACACCAGAAAUUAUUACAAUUGAAAGCCGUGUUAACCAUCUAUUUUAUGCUGUUUUGCUUAUCUUCUGCAUUUCUCACAGCUUGGAUAGUGAUAAUAGACUAGUCAGGUUCAUUGUUUCUCAUGCAGAAGGGGAAUGCUACAGUGUCUGAGUUUCAAACACUCAAGGAUUGUAUUUACAGCAAAUAAAAAUGUUUUUCACUAGGAUUAAAACAAAACAAAUCACAGAAACCCUUCUAAUAGUUCACAAUCAAAGAGCUUAAGGCCAGGGGGAACCAUUAUGAUCAUCUCUAGCUUUCUAGCAAAACCUCCUGCAUGCCUCAAGUGGGACAGUUUCACUCAGUCCUUCCUGCAUUGAGCUCAAUAACAUGUAGUUAUAGAGAAAAUCUUGUAACUAGCUAUCCUGUCUUGAUUUAAGGACUCCAAGUGAUGGAGAGUUCAACAGGGUCUUACGCUUGGAAAAGUUGAUUUUUGCAAAACCAAACUUUUUGGUCAGAUUUGACCUGACAGUGUCUCUCUAAGAUAAUGUGAUACGGUAGCUCUAACUUUUGCCCUGGUCACUUUAAGUUUGUUAAAGUAGCAGUUGACUAGAGCGGCUAGCAUCUGAAACCUGAACAAAGGUCCACUUGUGAAAGACAAAACAGUUGUUUUGUGUCUUAAAUCUAGGUGUUAGUUAUGUUUUGUUUUUAAGCAAAGGAAUUGAUAAUGUUUUUGAUCUGAGUAAAGAUAAGGGGUGGGUAUGGGAACAGAUUAUUGUGUGCUCAGCCCAGGGCUAAUUCUCCAUUUCUUCCCUACCUAAAGCUGCCCUUAACGUUCAUGGGAGGUUCAAUUGGAAAAGGAAUGGGGGAUCAAUCCCUGGAUGUUACCUUCUUUGCUAUCUAUCCCUUUGCUUUAAGGAAGUGAUGAUGGUUCUAUCCCCCAAGGGCACAAUGACCUUCCCCGAUGGGAAUUUCAUGAACAAGGAGAGCAAAAUAUUGGAACUGAGACCCAUUGUACAGAUUUCCCUUGUUUGUAGUGUGAACACACUAGUUGUGACUAUGUGAUCAGUCCUGGCUUCUUCAGGCCAAAGUGUGAUUUUUCCAAUCUCCUGGCAUUGCUUUCUCCUUGCCCUGACCCAGCUGGCAUGAUAUAGAGACAAAAUAAGGUGCUGAUCAUGUAGUUGAAUCCAUUGAUCCAGUUUCUAGCACCUCCACGGAUCCAAGCAUAAGGGUUUGUCUAUGUGGAUCUAGUUGCAGGAUCAGGGCUAAGCAAACUUUGGGCUGCCUGCCCAACCUAUGCAUCCAAACUUCUUGGCAAAGGAUUUUUGAAGGAAAAUCACUGAAUUCUUCGAGUGACUAUAUAUAUUUAAUGUUCUUAAUUACUGGAUCCUUUAUCAAGGUACUGUUUAAAAAUUGUAGGUUUUCUGGAGUCAGAAUGUCACAAGUUCGUAUAAAGGAACUAUUUAUAAUGUUGAAGCAGUUAGCAGAAUCUCGACCAAAGCAUGUUUGGUAAUGUGUGGACAGCAAGACAACUUUUUAUGAAAUUCAUUUUAGGUUAGUUUAUUACACACUGUUAUUAAUAUUUUACAACAGGAGAAAUAUUUUUCUUUAAAGACAAAAUUAUGUAUGAUUUUUAACCGACAUAAUUUAGCAUUUUCAAAAAUGUUUUAUGAACUUGGUAUGAAGUUUACUCAUUCUUUUGAGUCAUAUGUUCCAUAUGUAAAUAAUUAUCAGGAAAGAGUCCUAUAGAACGUUCUGUAAACUGGUUAUUAAAUUGUUAGAAAUAUUUGUUACUGUUCAUAAAGUCUCAGCUGCUAUCCAAGCCUUUGUUGACGAAAUUGAUGUAGUAUUUUCAAGAUGAAAACUACUUGGCUAGUUUUGUCAUAACCCUGUAUUCUGUAUAAAAAUCUUUUUAUAAAGAGUCUAAAUAGGCUAACAAGCAAUAAUAUAUUCCAUUUAAUGUGCACAGAUUGUGACUUGCAGACUGUAGUACAUAUUGUUAACAGUAGAUAACUGUCUUCAUUAUUAAAUACAUCACUUCUGAAAAGAUCCAUAUUAAUUUAGAAUAUAUGGUUAAUAAAAAUGAAGAUUGGCCUAUUGCCAUGUGAGAAA